GCACCUACUAGCCAAACAACAAAUAGCUAAACCGGCUUUUCAACACAAACAAAAGAACCGCGUUCGGGGCGGUAGCUCUUACUUUGCGAAUCCGUGAGUGAAAUCAUGUUGGUGGCGGCGUAGGGGUGUUGCUUACGAUCCGUAUACCGACAAUAACCCUCCAGCUAUUUGAAGAUGGUGGCGAGUAAACUGUUGAUUCUUCAGUGGCUGUGGGAGAGACGCUAAGCUAGCAAGCCGCGGUUUCAGUACACCACGUCCGCCUCGAGAUCGUCUAUUCUCACACAAGGUUGGAGCAGCCCACUCUGACGUUAAAUCCUCAACUGGUUUUAAAUAUGUUUUAUAUUUGUGUAACCUUGUAUAUUUAAAUGUAUAUUUUUAAGAGGUGUUAAAUACGAUCAAUGCUGUGCAGUGAGGGAUUUGUAGCAUGCUCUGACAAAAUACUCCACUAAUGGAAGAGUGAGAGAGCGUCGCGUUCAUGUCCGGCGCAUGCGCAACAGACUUUAUUAUGUACAGCCGAGCAUACUAGCCUCAUUCGUGCUUUCUACACGUGUGCUACUUAAAUCACGCCAAUAGUUUCGCGUGUUUGGUGUUUAAAAAGAUAGACACCUUCAAACGCUGAAAACAUUGUCAAGUAAUGCCACGGGGUGCCUAUCUUUCUAUGUUUUCCAACACAAACUACAACUCCCAUCAUCCCCCAGAGAUGCGACACUCGAGACGUGUUUGCUGGAGUUGUUCGUGUUGAAGCAGGCAAGGGGAUUCAAAUAGCAGCUUGUUAGCUGGUCACCAUGCCUUACCUUUGAAGAAACCAACAUUUCCCCACACCAAGUCGGUGCCUGAAGUGAGCAGCCAUGAGCACCGUGUUCGCCAUUCUUCUUGUGUUUGUCGGCUGCUGCAGCAAUGUGGUCUCCCUGGAGCUGCUUGUGAGGGAGUUCCCGGGAUGCGGCAACAUCGUGACGUGUGCGCAGUUUGUGUUCAUCGCGCUGGAGGGAUUAAUGUUUGAAGCCGGCUGCGGCAGGAAGAAGCCGGUCAUCCCCAUCAGGAACUACGCCAUCAUGGUGAGCAUGUUCUUCACAGUCAGUGUCGUCAACAACUACGCUCUCAACUUCAACAUCGCCAUGCCACUGCACAUGAUCUUCCGAUCCGGGUCCCUCAUCGCCAACAUGGUCCUGGGGGUCGUCAUUCUGAAGAAAAGAUAUUCACCCAGCAAGUAUUUAUCCAUCGCUUUAGUUUCAUGUGGCAUCUUCAUCUGCACCGUCAUGUCAGCCAAGCAAGUGAACGUGGCCAGCGAGGGAUCAGAGGAGCAAGGAUUUUACCCCGUCAUUCGCUGGCUGGUGGGAAUCGCCAUGUUGACCUUUGCUUUGCUCAUGUCGGCGAGGAUGGGAAUUUUCCAGGAGACGCUGUACAAGAAGUAUGGAAAGCACUCCAAGGAGGCUCUUUUUUAUAACCACUUCCUGCCUCUGCCGGGCUUCCUGCUGCUGUACACGGACAUCUACAACCACUGUGUCCACUUCAGUCAAAGCCCUCCAGUGCUUGUUCCGCUUAUUAAACGGAGUGUGCCGAUGAUGUGGAUCUACCUGCUCAUCAACGUCAUCACACAGUACGUGUGCAUCCGCGGCGUCUUCAUCCUGACCACCGAGUGCGCCUCGCUCACAGUCACGCUGGUGGUGACGCUGAGGAAGUUCCUCAGCCUCAUCUUCUCCAUCAUUUACUUCCAGAACCCCUUCACGCCGUUGCACUGGGUGGGCACGGCCCUGGUCUUCGUGGGCACGCUGCUCUACACGGAGGUGUGGGGCAGCCUGCGGGCUCAUCCCGACGGCACGAAGAAGGCCAAGUGAGGACGGGGCGCUUGCGGACAUAUGCCGUCGACUUUUCAAAUGCAUAACUUUAGCAACACAAGCUAUGAAUAUCAUUUGCCAGCUUUGAAUAAACGUGUUCUAAGGAAUGUUCUUGUGUGUUCUAAUGUAACCCGCCCUGUUUCGCACCGCCCGCACCGGGGCUCCAACACAGGACCUUCGCAAUGGGAGGCAAGGGCGCUGACCACACGGCCAAAAGCCCGGACUGUCGACCGCGUGUUCAGCGUAGCUCUUAAGUCAGAGGGAGUGAGGUUUACCAACGUACACUUGCACAGCCUCACAGGCUGGCACUUUUAUUUAAAUCAAACCAAGCAAAUUGUAUUUUGAAAUCCCUUGUCAUAUUUUGGAACAUGAACAUGUCCAGAGUGCAUUUACUGUAAGAGGUAUUUCAUUCAAGAAAUGAGGGGUAAGAAUGGCAAAAACUGUACAAAAUACGACCCAAAAAAUCUGAUCAGUAUCAUUUUACUAUGCAAUGAGUAAACAGUAAUCACUCAUUGAUCACGGUGUCAAUAUCACUCCCUCACUAUAUCACUCAUUGAUCACGGUUUCAAUAUCACUCCCUCACUAUAUCACGGUUUUUCAAAUCAUGAAUAAAUGCUAUCUGUUUGGUGCGUCUGUGUAGGCUCUCAGUCGUACAGGAGUUGUCCAACGAGGGAAAGGCUUCUUGAGAC